UGUGCUAAAGAAUGGCGGACAAUCAUCGUUUGAGCUACUCAUGCUGUCCUUCAACCACUCCUUACAUUUACGAGACGAUUCCUGACAGACUACGCCACCUAGCGGCUGCAGACCCUGAUAGAGAAGCGUUUGUUUUCUACGAUUUUAACAAACAAAGAAAAAGUCUUACAAGAAAACAACUAUUAGAUCAAACUACCAUUGCUGCAGAAAACUUUGUAAAGUAUGGUGUCGAAAAAGGGUCAACAGUUGCGAUAUGCAUGACUAAUUCUUUAGAAAUGUUAACUUCAAACUUAGGCGUUAUAAUGGCGGGAGGCGUUCCAUUUUAUGUAUCAGCUAAUCUCAAGGACGGAAGUGAUUUGGCAGAGUUUAUCAACAACCUCGAGGCGAAGCUCCUUAUAAUAGAUACUAAUAAAGGGGAUGAAAAUUGGAAGGUCCUUGAAAAUAUUUGGCCUGAAGGUCAGAGUCGUUCAAAGGUGACACCAUGUCUUGGAAUGGUGAUUUGCAAUGGAAAUAUAGACAGGGAAAACGAAACAAGAAAGAGUCUUUCUUCGUUUCAACAGAAGAAUUCGGACACCAAGAUAAAACUUCCGAAUAUUCAGCCUGAAGAUACGUUAGCAUUCUUUUGUACUUCCGGUUCAACGGGUAAACCAAAAGAAGUUGUUUACACACAUUUUGGUAUUUUGAACUGGACAAAGUCUUCUAAUAAACAACUGAACAUUACAGAGAAAAGCGUGUUUUUCUGUGACCGUACAUUUAGCUGGGUCCUUGGGUUUCCUCGCACGUACGUAACAGAGGGCGCCACCCGUGUUUUUGUUGACACAAAAUUAAGUAUUUCUGGGAAACAUAGCGAUUUCCUGACUGACAUCAUUAAAGCAGAAUGUUGUGACGUCGUGUACCUUCCGGGAUAUAUGGUCGUUGAUAUUCUAAAGAAUCCAGACGUCUCAGAGAAGUUCAACAAAGUGCAAAGCAUAUUUUUGUCCGGUGAAAGAAUACAAAAUGCUAACUACCAAGCUGUGAAAGCGCAAUUAUGCACCGAUGUUAAGUCGUUUUAUGGAACAACAGAGAGUGGGGGAGUGAGUGAGUACAGUAGUACAAGUGGGGAUGCUUUUGAAGACGGCAUAAUCGGAAAACCUCUAGAAGGAUGUGAAUUUAAAGUAGUUGAUGAAAACGGAGAUGUUGUUCCGAUUGAUACACAAGGCGAGCUGUGUGUUAGAAGUCCUUUUAGAUUUGUUACUUACCGGGGGAUGGAAGAAUUGUUCCGGGAGGUAGUCGACGCACAAGAUUGGUUCCAUACGGGUGACAUGGCUCACUUUCGCCAGGAUGGGAACUGUGUGAUUGGUGGACGGAAAAAAGAGAUGAUUUCAAUUGGAACAAAUAAGUUCUUCCCUUGGUCUAUUGAAAAGGUUUUGAAAAACAUUCCAGGAGCUGAAAACGCAUUUGCGGUCGGUGUACCGGAUACAAGGCUAGGUCAAGUUGUUUGCGCAUGCGUGUUACCUAAACAAGGUACUGCCCUGUCGGAGUCGGAUGUUAAGAAAUUCUGUGAUGAAACAUUCCUGGAAAAGUCGACUGCUUUUGGAGUAACUGUUAAACCUGUGUACAAGAUUAUUUUAGACAAGGUACCUCUGACAGUCUCUGGCAAGAUUGAUAGAAGAACAAUAGGUAUACUGGCGAAAAAAAAACUUGGACUAUAAUCGUUCCAUGUUGAACCAUACCGAUUAGAUAGAAUCAUGCAGCUUAUUGUUGAAUAUAAGUAACAAAGGAUGAUGAGUAAUUUUUUGCAUGUAUAUAUAUUUUAUCUUGUAUCAAAUGCAACAAAGAAAAACAUUUAAUAUUAACUUUAUCUGGGAUAUAAAUAUAUGACAGGGAUAUGAAUCGGACUUGCCUUGUCCUGUUCUUGUUUGGUGUCCUCCUGGGCUCCUUGCCACUGGUUCUUGUUGCUGGGUCGUGUCGGGUUGCGUUCAUUGAAUGCCGUCUUUCCUUGUUGAUCUUGUAUAUCAUAAUUUAAGAUCUCUCGUAUCCUUGGCCUUCAACGUACUUAGCGAUAUUUCAAAUUAAGCGAUUAUGCCAUUUUUUGUGAAGAAGCACCCCGAAAUUUUCACAUUUUAACGAGCAUGAUGAGUACCAGUUUAUAGGCAGGACUUACAUCAAAUGUCGAGAAUAUAUUUCCAGGCACAACAUGUAAAAAAACAAACAUUUUAAAGCAUUCAUAGAUGAAUGUUUAUAUUUAAUAUAGGUAUUUGUAGUGAGACUGUUUUGAAUUUAUCUGUUUUAUACUCUUAAAUCUGCAUCGUUUUCUACUCUUAAAUUGUGUUUUUUAU